CCAAAAGUUUGUUCCCAUAACAGCAACAGCUUCUUUAAGCGAAGAAGGUUGAAAUUUUCAAAUCCGAGUGAUUGUGCCGAGUGGUAUAGAAAUCAGCUCUUCCAAGGGUUGAUUGAGGAGAUUAAACAUCGGCCAUGGAUUGUGCGAACUUUGCGGGCUAGCUGUAUUUUCAGCGUACCACAUGCUUAUUCGCCGCCGACAAUUGACGCUUUUGGUUGGGGGACCUUGAAUUGCAUGUGGGAAGGCGAAAUAAUUCUAAUAUCUUGUGGACCUUAUUGACUGCUUGUGGAAGUUCGGUUGCAAUUUGCGUUCAAGUUGACUGUGAAUGUUCUUCCUAUUAAGCCCUAUAAAUGGGCUGUGCUCCUAGCAUACACGUCUCACAAUCUGGAGUAUUUUAUUGUAGAGACGACAUUCGCGAAGGAUCAAGCCCCCGACCACGACCAUCUUCACCCAGUGAGAUUGUCGGCCAUAUUCGCACAAGCUCCGACUCUGGUUCCCAUAUUUCUUCUUCUUCAUCAUCUCGCAAUCGUGGAAUUAUCAAAAAGGGGCAAAAUUCACACAGAGGCAGUUCUAUCGAAGCAGAAACUCAGACGUACGACCCGAGUACUAUGGAUGACGAGGUAAAAGACUGUUAUUUUCCCGUUUGGGCUCAGUGGUCGACUUCUGUUAGCGAUUAAAAACUGCUUUGCGGACAUUUUCCUCGAAAUUUGUUCCUUCUUGCUCACAAAUUCCGUUGAUAUUUUUUGUUUGGAUAUUUCUAUUAUAGAAUGAGAGAAAGGAAGUUUUGCUGGGACCCAUGAAGUUAUAUCAAGCACAAAUGCAGGUAGAUUUAUAAUUCGUCUUUUUCUAAAGGCAAAAAUAUACAAAGCUGGCUGUGACUCGCGGCUGCGAUGCAAGUAAGAGAUCAUGUACUUGCUUGCCUUUUUCUCUCUUUUCAGCUAGUUGGCGGUUAUUCAGCUCAUUUUUUGUAUUUAAUCGGAUCAAACUUCUUCAAUGUACGACCUGAAUACUUGUGUGUUUGUGUUUUUUAAAUAUAUAUUUCGGUAUAGAACCCAACAUAUUCACUUCGUACUUCUAAGUUUAUUCGAAGCGAAGCCAAAAGGCGCUUACAUUCGAACUAUUCUCCUGUGUUUCCAAGACAUGUUUUCGCAUCUUAAAUGGUCAUCGACUUAAAUUUUAACCUCUUUUAGCGUAGUGGCAGCACUUUACAAUCUUUACGGUAAGGGGGAGAAAUCCUCACCGAUAUUUGUUCGGCCAACCCAGGGUUUUUUCCACGUCGAGCGUGUAAAAAGAUUGGUCUAUUUUUUGUUUACAAAAGAUCUCGUCGUGUGAAUGUCUGUGGCCCCCUUUUGCUUGAAUUUUUUGUCGCGUUUGGCUUUUAACAGGGUGCCACCGACUUGUUUUCGCAGAAACGUUUUCCCCAGUGUCGCUGCUAGUUCUUUCUGCCGGCUCUUCGAGACAGAUUAAUGAAAGCUUCUCUAGCUUGAAAUUGAUUACGCCAACGUUUAAUGCGUAAGAAUCUUUCAUAUGGAAUGCGCCGUCAAAUUGAAGAAACCGCAAUUAUACAUGAUAUUUUGCCGGCUCUAUUCAUUCUCUUAGCGCUUCAAAAGUCGAGGUUUUGAAUGAAACUGUGUUUUCAGAGUGUUAGUCCAUUUCAUGACCUCAAGUUGACACUGUUUUGCGAUUUUCGUUGUGGUUGCCAGCGAAUAGGUCGAAUCUUCAGAUGCAUUUAUAGUGGUUUUGAGCAAAAUAGAGUUCAAAACAUUGUUUAAGAAAGAAAAAAGCACUCGGAUCUUCGUAAACAAACCAAGCACGAGCUCUUUUGACGUGAGAUUUGAAAGUUUCCGUACGAACUUUUGAUUUCCUUUACAAUCGAUAUGAAGCUUAAAUAUUCUUUAUAACAUCUUGCAUCAGAUCUCGUGAAGAAAAUAAAGAAAUUAAGUUUUUUAAAAGGCAGGACUAAAAACUUAUAUAGAAGGUGAUUUGGAAAAUUUCGCCAUUCGUUGAUUCAACUUAAGUUUAUUUCAACAUGUAUGGACUGAAACUGACAUUCGAAAGAGAAAUCUACAACUCGUCUCUUGCGCGUGGACAUAAAUUCGCAACAGUGAAAUAAACAGAGAAUUGUGGGUGAGCAGAGUAUUCUUUGAUUCAGUAUAUUCUACCAAUUUUCUUUUCUCUUGAAGGUGAUAACGGACGAUAGUACAAUAUACAGCUCUACCAUGUUUUGGAUGCUAUGUGCUAGAACGGUUUCUGCGAAACAAUUGACUCGAUUCCUUUUAUGCAAAUCAGGCAUGUUCUUAAACCUUGCGAGAAACAUUACUUAAAUAUAGGAGAAAAAUAUCUGAAAAUGGUCUGGUUAUGUGUUAAGUUGACUCUAGGGAUUCCUUUAACAGUAAGCUUCAUUCAAGCAUGUCCCAAGUGUUAGUUUUAGGGUGUCAAGCUUGCUUUUCAGUAUCAAAACAGCAAAAUAUGGAUCAAUGCACUGCUAUCUUUUUGGUGAGAAUGCAAGAGUCUUUUUUCUGCUUGUCACAUUCAGUGUCGAUGCUGUGUUCUCACUAGAUUUUUAUUUACUGCAAAAUUUUGGAGGAUACAAUUCAAAGUGUAUAUGUUGAUAAUUGCCUGUGGAAUGGUUUCCACAGGUUUUGCAAGAUUGGUGAAAGUCUUUUUCUUGUCUCAGAAACGCUUGAGACUGUCUCAGUUAAAUGUCACUGUGUCUUAAACUCUUAGAACUGCUUCCUGCUUAAUUUGUAUGUAAGGUUGAAACUGAGAAGUUAGGUUAAAUGUUCGCUGUCAGCAGUUUCGACUUCAUAAAAAAAAAAGACAUUAAAAGUGUAUGAGCAUUUCAAAGCCUAUUUGAAUGGUAUUUGUUCUGAGUUUACGCUAGGAAUUUUAUCAUCAGACUGGGAUUUAUGUUUUCUUUUUUUACAGUUUUAUUAUUAUACUUCUUAGAUGAAUAUGUCCCAAUGACGUGUUCAAUUUUUUGACGAUAAGUUCCGACGUGAAAUUUCUUUUUAAUUUCCUUCGGGACAAAAGGCUUAGACACUUUACCAGGGUGCCCAGUAUGUUUUCUAUGAAAAAAAAACAAGAUUUUCUAGUUGCCCAGGAGCAAACGUUAGGUACCAGUGGCCACCUCCUUGGUUAUUAUUGCAGGUCUUAAAACAUGGUUUAUAACUAUCCUGUUAUGAAUUGUGGAGUUAUAAUUUUGCCAUCGGCUACUUUAUGAACAUGGUGGUGCUUUAAAGCUAUCAUAUUUGAACCAAAGGAUACUAUUUUAUUAAUCAAAUCUUGAAAGGAAUGUACGUUAUGGUAGGUAACAUUUGUGGUUAAAAGCAAGGUGUGCAUAUAGUGUAAAUAUGUAGAUAAAUUUGUUUCCAUGAGUCAUAUAAUGUAAAUGUCAUAUUGAUUGAUGACCGGUCCAACAAUGUCAUUUGGAUUCAUAGGGCUUCAAAUAUUUCGCAGAGGUGGCAGCAUUCAUUCUAAUUGUGUUCCUGUGCAAAUUGGGCUCUUAAAAUGCCCCCUGAUGUAAGCAAUGGAACAAAACAGAAAAAAAUCCCAGCCCACCACUUUGUCCCAGUUUCUUGCUAACUUGGUGCACUUUUUGUUAAGGUUGAAGAAUCACAUUGUUAAGACCACUGUAAACCUCGUUUAAUAAUUAUCAUUCACAAAGUUUCUGAUAUUAACUGACUUGCUAUGUAAAAGUGGCUGUGUCACGGUAGUCUACUUCAUUUUGCUAAUAUUGCCAAUUUUACAUGCCCUUAUUCAGGAUGGAUCUUACACUGUAACAUCAGCGACAGAAUCACAGGCAAAUUAGAAAAUCACAUUUUCAUGUCAAACUGAAUACCAUAAACUUCCAAUUAUCAGCCCUGGGGGAGGAGGGAGGGGGACAGUUAUAAAUGUGUCCGGGGGGGGGCUUAUAAUCUUAAGUUUAUGGUAUGUCCAAGUAUUAUAUAAAUGUUACAGACAACAAAAAUCAACCUGAAAAAAUAGUUAGGCUAACCAGUUUUCAAAAACCACAAUUUUCAAUCCAUUUUUAUCUUCUUCAAGUUUGUCCAUCCGUGCCUCCCUUUGUGUUUUUUGUUGUGAUAUUUAUACCUUCUUGUAAUGUUUUGAGCUGUCUUUUUUAUGUUCACUCAAUCCCACUUUCUGAAAGUUAACGAAUUUCGUGAGACAACUCCUUUAGGGUUCUUCCUUAAAAGUGCUCAGGCAUCUUUGCUGCAUAUAAUUUCUUUUGAUUUGUGCCCACAUUAAAGCUUUUGCCUUGAGGCUGGAGCUCUCCAGAUAGGUAAAUCUUCAUUUUCCCUUAAAUGAGUAUUAACCUUUUUUGUUUUCUCUCUUUUUUAAAACUAGCGGUAACUUUCUGUCCUGAAUAGUACGGAGUUUUUCCCAUUGUAGAAAAAGAAACAAUCGUCGGAAGUGUGUUCAAAGCAUGUACUAUUAAAAUUUAAUAUAAUCAUACUGGUAUUUCAAGGAAUCAUGGUGUAUAUGCAAGUCCCUCCUGCUCCUAACAAGGCUGGGGACCCCUGAUUUUAUUUCAAAAUUUAACCCUUUCGCCACUGGCUAUUUUGAAGAAAAAGCAACCAAGACACUGACAGUUUUUAAAAUGAAAAAAAAAAAAAAAAGAAAAAAAGCAUACAAGUUUUUGAAAUGAAAAUUAAUUUGCAUGUACUGCAAACCCCAUAUGUAAUUAUGAAAUACAUCAUUACAAGGAGAAUUUUACAGUAAAGAAAAGAACCAAAACAGUAAUAUUAUUUAUUUCAUUGAAAAUAUUCCCAAAUCCAGCAAAAAUGCUGCACACAUCUUACUGAAGGAUGUUAGAUCUAACUGAAAGGCUUUGCAGUAGGAUUCAAGAGAAUAUCUUGAUGUUGAUGGUUCAUAACAGGUUCAAAUAUCUUUGACAGCUUCAGCAGUCAUCAAUUGUACAAUUGUAAAGAUAUUUUCUUUUUCUUAUGUAUUUUUUUGUUAAUUAAUAAUUUUAUGAAACCAAAGGAAAAAGCACAUAGUUAAUACAACUUAUCCCUGGCAAUUUGUGGCAAACUUUCCUCUGGAAUAUUCUCUCUUCCUGUCUGAUAUUUGUUCAAAUGCAGGGAAAAUGCACUGAAAGUUUUCUUGUCCAUCUUUCUUUCUAUGCUUUCUUUAUCUUUCAGAUUGUUGAAACAGGCCACCAUUCUGUUUUCAAAGCAUGUCCUUUCACUUGCAUUGAUUAGUUUUCCAAAUAUGGAAAUUAGAGCCCAGUCAUAUCCUAACUAAGAGAGCUGCUUUGUUUGGCCCGAUAUCCACAGUAACCUUGCAGCCACAAAUUUAUCAGUUUUAUCAUAACUGUUCAUGUGUUCUUCACAUAAAGGAGUUACCUUACGAUUGUAGCUCUUCAGAGCCUCUAAUUUAAUUAGACCCCUAUAGGUCGCAGCUGUUUGGUUUUCGGGAUAUGUUCCAUUGUUAACUUUGUUAUUUCAUUGUUUUCCUAACCAAUCCCUUGGGGUUGUCCUAUAUCUGCAAGGUUGCCCGAUUUCCAGUGCGUAGUGUUACAGACACCCUCUGUUUGCGCCAGAAAACUGCUUUAAAUAGUGUUGAAAGUGUUAAGUGACAAUAGUCAAUCUACUGAAAAUGGACAAAAAACGUACAACUUGUUCAGACUAUAACAUUGCUGCAAAAUAAGUUGAAAGGCUAUGUGUUGCAUUUUACCACCCAUGUUCAUACUUGUCUUGCAACAAAGCAGGUUGUUGCAAGUUGUGCGUUUACUAACUUUUGACUGGUCAAAAUUACGCAGGAGUCAUACCAUACACAGAAUUUACAUCACUUGCUGCAAAACAAGUUUGCCCAGGAUGGGUAAAAUGUGCAACAUGUACAGAUUUUGUUUUAAAAAGAAAACUUCCUUCUACUCAUUGCAACAACUUUUUGCAACCUGCAACAGCCUAAUUUGUUGAAGGACAAGUUUGAUUGAUGGGAGGUAAAAUGCUCAAAAUCACUGUUCAACUCAUUUUCAGCAAUGUUGCAAAACAAGUCGCAUGUUUUUGUUGCCCUUGUUACUGACCUUAACCCUUUGUACUCGAGGAUCAAAAUUUGUUGAAGGACAAGUUUGAUUCAUGGGUGGUAAAAUGCUCAAAAUCACUGUUCAACUCAUUUUCAGCAAUGUUGCAAAACAAGUCACAUGUUUUUGUUGCCCUCGUUACUGACCUUUACCCUUUAAACCCGAAGAUCAAAAUUUGAAUUCUCCUUUGUUGCCUCUAUUCAUUUCCCACAGAAGUCGUGGGAAGAAGUCGGCAAUUUUCAAGCAAAUUUAUCACUCUGCAAACUUCUUGUUCCCAUCACAGAUCAUGCUGGUGUUUUCAAAAGAAGAUGCCCAAACAGACAGCUUCGUUCACGCUGCUGAAAGAGGAGGAUAUGUGUGUCAGAUCUGUAAAACAUCUGAAGAGGCAAUGGAGCAGUACAUUAAUGUGCAGCCAGAUGUAAGAUUGCCUUUCAUUUCAAUAGUUAACAUUGAACGUAUAUUUUGAAAGGUCGUAGCAUAAAGUAGAAACCUGGUUUCAAGCGCGCUGGUUUUCGUUAAAUUCCAAAAUGUUAGUCAUCAGUUAUUUUGAAAAAGAGAAAAAGCAGUUUGAUUUAGUUUUACCAUGCUUUUUGAGAGAAAGUUCCUUCAAACUUACAAGUUUUUAUUUUUUUAAGAAUGUGUACAUUACAAAAUGUUUGUUCUGUCUCAAGGUAAACUAUAGGGGAUACUGAAAUAGGUAAUAUACAAGGCUACCCUCUAAGAAAAAAUGACUAGAGCCCAGUGCUCUAAACCUGUGUAAUCCAAGGUGCCUAGCAUAGAAUUAUUUUUAUGAAAAAGCGAAGAUUUCCUUAUCACCCAAGAACAAAAGUAAGGCAACAGAAGCCACCUGGCACUGUUUGAGCACAGCCCUUUGUACAGGUAUAUGACAUAGAAAUUAAUUAAAAUCCAAGUUAUCACCCAAUUACAUCUGUAUUUUGCUUUCAUGUAAUCUGCAUUUUUGACUCUCUUCUUUUUGUUUUUCACUUUGUGACCUUGAACUUCAGUGCUGUCAUUCCAUUGAAUUACUUCUUGGCUCAUAACCACAAAAGUGAUAUUUUCAAGAGAAAAGAACCUGCUCUCAAUGAGGCAAAAUUAACAACAGCUUGUUAUUGCCACAUUUUCGUGUGUUGAUGUAUGUUAAUGCACAUGUGUGUUGAGUUUGUAAAGCUAAAGUUUGCAGAUAUUUAGUUUUUUUUUGUUUACCUCUGUGCAAAAGGGUUUUUUUCUGUGGUGAAAAUGUUUAUUAGCUUGAAAAUAAUAUCUUUGUCUAGGUAAAGUGACUGAAGUGCUUCACACAACUGCUUUAUUAGUCUCUUUCUUCAGUGUUAUUUACAAUGUGGUAAAUAGUGGUUUAAUCACAUGAUUGUGGUUAAGGUUAUGCUAUCCAAUGAUAAUCAGUUAUCUAAUGGCAAAGGAAUUUAUACUAAAAUACCAAGUCUAGUAAUAAACACUACAUUUUGGAUUAAUGUUAUGAAUAAGGAAAAAUCUCCUCUAGUAUAAAUCUAGCUUUUCACAGAUCUUUGUUUUAUAGAGUUUGGCUUCAUAUAUUGUAGUGAAAUGAAAGAUUUAAAACAUCUUUAUCUGUAAGAAAUGAACGUGAGUAUUCUUGCUGUGAAAAGAAAUAUAGUAGUUUUCUGGCUGAGAUUAGUCAUCAUCCUAAUUUGUCUUCUCCUUAACCAAUAACUAAGAAUGAUAUUAAUGACACCUUGAACAUCACAUCAAUUUAAUCCCUUAUUUACCAGUUGCCUAAACUUAAACUAGUCAAGCCAUUGGGCAGGGAAAGUUGCUUGCCCAGGGCAAAAUCUACUUGUAUCAGUGGAUGGUCUAAAAGACCAGUUUCAAAUUGUUAAAAUUCAUACAAGGCUCCAAAGCUCAAGAUAAUAAAACAAAACAAAUGGUGUUGAGAUUGGGGGAUCCAUAAUUUGAUUCUUCUGCUUUAUUCCCCUCAGCUCUGGAGCCAAUUCCGAGUUGCUCUAAGCCUCUGUUUUAACCCUUUAAGCCCCAAUAUCCACAUAUAAAUUCUCCAUAUUGAUCUUCAUACAUUUCUUUAAAGAAUUAGUUGAGAGAGCUUGAUUACAGAUCAAAGCAUUUCUUCUUUACUGGUCAUUUUCUCAUAACCAUUUCUCUUGGCAACUUAUGGAUAUUGUUAGGAGAAACUUGAUGUUGGUCCCUAUUGGGACUUAAAAGGUUAAAGAGAGGCUUAGUGUGAAGCUAUUGAUAUGAAAAGGAUUUUUUCAAUCUCAUGCAAAUAAAUCUCAUUUUCACAAGAAAGGUUUUGCACUUAGCCUCAUUUUUUAAACUGAGAGUUUUAGGAACUCAGAAACAGCCUAUUUUAAUUGCAAACUGGCCUAUUCCAGAAUUAUAUACAGUAUGUAUAUUACUAAUGUAAUUAAUGUACUGAACUUGCUUUAGGUAAUAUUCAUUGACAUGAGAGGAAAUUCAGUCAUUGAUGGAGAAAGACUUUGCAGGUAUUUUUUAAAUUUACCUCCCAGACUUUUUGAUAAUCUGUGAAUUGAUAACAAAGAUACUAUGAAGAAGGUUUGGGUAUAAAAUCUACAUCACCAGAAAAAUUUGUGAAGUUUAGCUUCGAGUCUCUCCAAAAAUUAGAACUUAGAUCAAGAGGCCAAUUAGUCAAACAGUAGGGUUUAGUGGGACCUCCAUGUGCAUCCACCUCUUGUAAGUUACUGCCUGUUAUAGGUGACCACAUCUGUAAUGCUAUGGUUUCAACCUUUCAUGAAUGAACAGCCAUCAUCAAGGCUGUGCUCUAAGGAAAAUUGAGGGGAACCCAGUGCUUUAAACCUUUAAAAUCUAGGGUGCCCAACAUAUGAUUUGUAUGAAAAAAGGAAGGUUUUUGUAGUUUUCCAGUGGGGAAAUGUUGGAUGCCAGGGGCCACAGGGCUAAUUUGCCCUAGCAGGGCCCUAUAUUACACUAUCACACAUUAUUUAAAGUCCUUUAUCACCACUUAAGUAUACCUAGUUUAGUGGCCUUAGCUCCCACAAGUCUCCUGUAGCUCAUUGGUAGUGCAUCUGGACAAGUAACCAGAACUAAGGUCAUAGGUUGAGGUACUAUUGGGAGUAUUUGUAUUUAUUCUUGUGAGCUGGCUGUGUCACUGACUGAAAAAUCAUCAUUCUCAAUGCACAUAAUUGUAGUUAUAGAUGUCCAGUAAUCCUUUUAGAGGAUGAUAACUUCUGUGGCAUAAUAUUAUAGUAAUUAAUAGAAAUUAGGGAGUUCCUAAAGACAUUUAUGCAUGCUUUAGAUUUCUACCUUUAGCCCAAACUGUGGAACACAUACAAUUUAUCCCUUCAUUCUAUUAAUUUGCAACCAUUGUCUUCUUGCUUGCUCUUAGAAUCAUACGAGCAAAGGGUCCACGAGAGAACUCUAUAAUCAUUGCUGUUGUUAAAGGAAGGUAAGAAUGCAAAUGAUAAUGAUAAUUAAGAUAGUCUGUGCUAUUAUGAAGUUAAAAAUGUUGUUUUCAAAGAGGGGUCUUAAAGUUCUUUGACAAACCUGAUGACCAUGAAAAUGCAGGAAACAAAAACAUGACUGGAAAUUCGGUGGAAGUCUCUAAAGCCCACUCUCCAGCUAUCUCAGCGACAACAAUCGCUGAAAUGGCACUUUUCAAUCUCAGCGAUCACUGAACUUUUUUUUUCUCAGUGAUCACAGCGAAGGAAACCAGGCUUUAGUCAAUUUGACUGUAGGCUUAAUAAGAAUCAAGCCAGUAUUGUCAUUGUCAGGUUUAAAUGUUUCUCUUUUGGUUUUUUUGAUAUGCACAUCCUUGCUUGUCAAGAACUUUCAGUUAGAGUAUGCAAGUCAUGAAAUCCCGUUUAUCCUUGAUUCAAUGCCAUUGUCGAAAUAAACCUCCUCAAUUUGCUAAAAUGAGCCAAAUUGCUUGAUCCUUCCAAUUUUUAUCUUUUUUGGUGUUUGUUCAUCAGUAUGGCAAGGUGAUGUUGAAGGUAACUUCUACCCAGUUUAGCACCCCAGCAAAAAACUAACUCUUAAAGUAGGUUAAAUACGGUUGGUUUAGCCUGAGUUCAGAUUUUACCUGUAACAGCCGGCGAUACAAAGAAUGAAUGACAAUCCAUUAGUGUGGCCUAGUAAAUGAAAGCUGCUUAGACUCCCAUUGGUCCACUUGUGUUUGUAUGUGUAACACUUAACUGUCAUGUGUUUUCCCUUAGGGUAAAUUUUUCUAUGUCUUGUUACAGGGAUCUGACUUUUUGUGACUUUUUAAUAAAAAUUAUUAAUUUUUCACAGUUUGAGGCAUUCGUAUCUUUGCCUGUUUUAUAACAGAUAAAAGUUACGUGGGGGUUCUGAUGGUAGUUUUAAAAAAAGUUUAACACAGUGGAGAAUAGUGACGUAAAGGAUGUUUGGAAGAAAAGAGACAAAACAAAUAACAAUCAGUAUUAAAUAGUGGUGGCAUUUUUCAGUGUCAAGAGGAAAAAGAUAUAUACAUCUACAUUGUGUGAUAAAAAAGACAAGAAUCACUAACUUCACUCUAUUACACUUUCUAGUAAAGUGAAAUCCCAUUGCCUCCGCAAAAUUUUCACAUGUGGCAUCUGGACGGAUGACAGGUCUGGUCAAGCACUGUUGUAUUUUGAUUUCACUUACGUGCCACUUUCAAAUCAAACUCUCCUUUGCAAACAAGCUUUACAUGCACAUAAACUGUUCAGAGCUCAAGGGUACUAUGUGAAUUGACAAAGAGUGGUCAGUCACAAAUGCCUGGUAUUAAAUUAAUGUUAAGCAGCCCAAAAGUGGAAGAGGAACUGUUUUGAAUGGUGCAUAUAGAAAUUGAUAUUGAAAUUCACUCUAAAGUAUGCAGGUUAGUUGACCAGUAACACAAAAACAUGGUUCAGAUUCUAAGAGGAUUUCAGUUUUAUUUUACUUGAGUUAAUACAUUCAGUACCGCAAGUUCACGAUUCAAGGAAAAAGGUAUUUUUUCUUUUUUUGUAAGUAAUGUUGUCUGUCUUGAUUGCGAAGGAAAGUUUAGCAGAUGAAGGUCGCAAUUAGGUGUAGUCAGGUCAAUACUACACAUAACAUUAAUGUUUAUGAUCUAAUCUUAUGUUGUUGACUAACAAGAAAGAUAACAUGAGUUAAGCAGCUUUCAUAUUAUUAUGAUCACACUAGUUGGGUAUAUAGACCUCUCAUUUUUUGAUACUGGCAGCAACAUUUUAAUUUAUUUAUUUGUGUUUAAUUUUAUAAACGUACAACACGUGUACAUACAUUGACCAUAAUAUAUAUCAACAACAAAAAAGAACAAAACAGAAAAAAAAAAAAAAGAAAAAAGGGAAGGGGUUGCAAAAUUUCAAAGCACUGUCAAAGAAUAGCAGUGACUUGACCGCACUGUUUAAAAAGGUUUAAAUUACCCUCAAAACUAGAGUGUUUUAUGCAGAUCGUGUAAUUUGUUUUUUAAUUGAAUUGAAAUGUUACAGUUCUCAACUGGUGUUUCUGGUUCAAAACUUCUGAAUGUGCAUGUACAUUUAUUAUAAUGAUAAUGUGAUUUUAAAUGGCUACUACUUACUUAGAAUAUUGGCUUUUGGGUAUAGCUAAUUAUCUUUUGAUAAUGAAUGCUGUUUAACCCUUUAAAUCCCAAUAUAAUGACAAACAUCAAUCUUCUCUUAAUAAUAUCCAUACAUUGUCAAGAGAAAUGAACAUGAGAAUUCAUAAAUUGCAUGAUCACCAUAGAGAAACUUCUUUGAUCGAUCUGUUAUCAAAUUCUCUCAACUAAUCCUCUAAGAAAAUGUAUAAAGAUCAGUUUGGAGCAUUUGUAGGUGGAUAUUGAGGCUUAAAGGAAACUAGCUCAGAUAUUUGACACCUUUGAAAAGUUGCGUUAUCCCCUGUAGUCCAGAAUCAGACACUGCAAGCUACUGAUUCUCCAUUUUGUGUGUUUAUCUAUUUAGUCCUCGAACUGAUGAGCCAUUGAUGCUUCCACUGUUAAAGGCAGGAUUUGACAGGGUAUGUAGUUUUAGACACCAUGUCUGUAAAUGAAAAAGGAAACAAACAAAACAAAAACAAAACAUAUUUCUGGAAGUGUUUGUAACAAGGCAGGAAGAACAUGUAUUAUCUCGAGAGCUACAAACAACAGAUGGUCAUUGGACAAUGUCUGAGUAAAAUUUGCCCAUGUAGGUCUGACAAAAUCCUACCUAAGGCUGGACAUGAUGACCAGAUAGACCUGAUUGAAAAGGCUAUUAUUGUUUUGUAGCUAAAGAUUUGUAUAGUACUGUGGAACCUCAAUAUAAUGAAGGGCCAAGUAACUGACAAAAUUUGUUCACCUUAACGAGGUUUUGUUAUAUCAAGGUUCUCUUUCAUAUAUUUUACUAUUACUGUGCUAAAGAAAAUUGUUUAUAUUCUGGGGACUUAUGUUAUGUUACUUCUGUUAUAUAGAGGUUUGUUAAAUCAAGGUUCCACUGUAAUUAAAGGGAUCAAGGUCAACAUACUGAAUUUCCAACAACUUUUCUUGUUUGUCCUGCUAACAUGGUGAACUUGUUGGAUAUUUGUCAAAGGAAAAAAUUAAUUAUUUUGCUGGCCUGUUAUAUACCCCAAGCUUUGUUAAGAAGUGAAGUUUUCCGUGCUUAUCCUAAGUGAGGGGUUUGUCAUUUAGAUGUGUAGUUACUGAAUUAUGUUAUCAGAGUGAUUAAAUUUGUCCUUCUUGUUUGCUUACUUGUUUGUACUUUUGCAACAAAAGAACAACAGGCUAGCACUUCUUAAAAAAAGGUCCUUAACUUCAGAGGUGUUUGUCCUUUAGCUUUAAAGAGAGACUGUUUAGAGGUUUUAAACUCUCCAUAAGUGACUCAAAAAAUUUGAUAAUUUCAUGCAAAGGCCUAUUAUUUUAUUUUAAAUGGUAAAGGUCUUUGGUUGACAGUUAGGUACAACCUGGUGACAUUUGUUUUGUUCACCCUGCAGCGUUUUGUUGAAAAUGCGAAUGUUGGUGCCUGCCACAAUGAGCUGCUCAUGUUGGAACACGGAGAAGUACAGUCAAUGUUUAAACUCCGCUCAACAAGCUGUCUCUUCAGUGCAAUCGAGAAUUCUCAUGACGCUGUCGAGAUAACAAGUCUGGACCCAGAGAAGCCUGAGCUACGGGUUGAGGUAUGCAACAAGAACUUUUGAUAUCAUGCAAAUGUGUAGUAUUAGUGGAGCUCUUGCGGGUGCUGUGUUCUUUGCAUCCAAGAAAUUGUGGUUGUGACAAAAUAGACCUUUUUACCGAUACGGCAGCCAUAUUGAAUUAAUUGGAUUUAAGGAGUAUUAAAGGAUGCCAGGGGGCAUGAGCACAUUUCAUUUGUAUUUUUGAGCGCUUUUCGGGACAUUUUUUUCUUAAAGUUUUCUUAGAAUAAGAUUGUAAUGGGAAAAAAGAUCUUUGUGCCGUGUUUGGAUGUAAUAAUGAUCGCCUUUUUUCCGAGAAAUAUACAGUGAAAGAUUAUAUUUCUAAUACUAAACUAGAAUAAUAAAAGCGCUCGAAAAUACAAACGAAAUGUGCUGCUCAUGCCCCCUGGGCAUCCUAUUAUAUUCCUUAAAUCGAAUUAAUUCAAUAUGGCCGCCAUAUUGGUAAAAAGGUCUAUUGUCCAUCCAUCUACCCUCUCAUGUUGGCAGAUGUAAAAAGUGAUGCACUUACCAGCUUGAAGUCCAAGGCUGCAUACAAUCUGUGCUUAACUUGAUAUUGGACAUCCAUGUUAUGUUCAAUUGACAGUUGUCAAAACAGGGUAACCGCUGACCUGUAUCACAUGACUGUAUCACAGGCUCAUUUUUACAACUCAUUGAGGUUACAUUUUUUUUUAAAGUUUCCUGCUGACUAGUCAUUGGUUUUUAAUUGAUCACAGGCUCAGGUCCAGUUUUUUCAGGAGGAAUUCAGUUUGUUUCUAUUUUAUGUUGAAAGUUGAAUGAAGUAAGAAGGAUAUUAUUUAAAAAUCUUACAAGAGUUUUGCUUUUGGCCUUGGCAAAACCUAUAUAUUGUUAUUUUAACCUGCUGGUGGACGGCCGAUUUUGAGCAAGUCCCCUUUUCAGUUGACUGGUGUAGUUACAAUUCAAUUUCGACCCUGCUCUAAGGGUCGCCAUAGAGCCUCCAGUAGCUCAGUGGUUAGAGCGUCCAAACUACAACUCGGAGGGUCAUGAGUUCUUAUCUCACCUGGAGUUCAGAAUUUUUUCUGAGCUGUCUGUUCUUAGAAUUCUUCUUCUUCCAAAUUAUAAUAAUAUACAUUAUAAUAAUAUACAUAAAUUAUUGCACGGGGAAGUAUCAUGAAAAGCUUGAAGUAUAAAUUUUUGAGCUUUUACUCUCAAUUGUCACCUUUUAAUAACAGGGUUUUAUUAUGUUGCAUUUCAGUAUGUUAACCCUGCAUUUGAGAGAAUGACUGGGUACUGGAGGUCAGAAGUUAUUGGGCAUCCUAAAUCCCUAGUCAUGAAUAGUGAACAUGAGAAACCAGUAAGUUCUUCCAUUCCUUUUGACAUGUUGCCCAUGGAGCAAAUUGCACUCUUAUGAAUCAACUUUGAGGAUCUGACCAGAUGACCUUUUUUAAACAAGAAGUUAAAUAAGUAAUGCCCAUUGUCUUGAUAUGAUCCGCCUUUUAUCAAGUGACCAGUUACCAGAGUCCACAUCGACAAAAUUGUCAGUAGAUGACUACACUGCUAUUUACUGAAUUUGCUGUUGUAGUUGCUUGCCAAAGGAUGGCAGAUCUUUAUUUAUCUUGUCUAUUGUGUUUUAAUUUAGGAACCAUACGAAUCUAUACAUGCACACUUAAAGAAAGGGAAGGUCAGUUUAAGGAAACUUAAAGGAAAUUUUAUGAUCACAUCUAAAGCAUAACACAGUAAACCUGUGCAAGAAAAUACCUAGUAGGAACUGGAAAAGAUACUGUUUGUAAAAUUAAUGUUAACUGUAUGUAAUACAGGCAAAUCAAGGAGAGAACGUCAUCACAGGACAAACAAAUAAUAUUUUAUUUUAUUAUUAUAUUUUAUUCAAGUGCACCCAUGCGAUGGCACGUACUGUCCAAUAGGGACCUUACGAUCUGACAAGGGCGACAUCCAUGAAAACACCGCUGAAAAAUAGACUUUGCAUCCUUUCCAACUAUUUUGCGAUUAUCCUAAGUCACCCUUUACUUAAAAGAAGGGAAUUUAGGUUGGAGCUGAAGAGAGAGGGGACUGUGCCCCAGUAAAGCAAAGAAAUAUCCAAAAAAGCGGGAUGCACGUGCAGAGUUGUUUUGCUUACUAAACUUAUUCCUUUUUUGAUGUUUCUGUUGCUGUUGCUGUUGUAGUUUCGCAAGGUCCCUGUUACUUAGGCCUGACACGUACUGUCCUAUUAUUGCUGAAAUCAGGACUGCUGAUAGCCAAUCAGAUUAGAGAGUUUUUUUAGAGUUAUGAUUACCGGUAAUAUUGUUAUGAUGGGCGAGGGCAAAGAGCACAUGUACGUGAUCAAAAGAUCAUCAGUGCACAAGUUAAUGCUACCAGUCACUGACCUGUCAAGAUUUGCUGCAAAGAAUAGUAAUUAUUCUUGUCAGUUACAACCAAUACAUCAUUGUAAAACCGUUUUUAUAUUGCUACAAUAUACUGCUCGUUAAUUUAAAACUACAUUUAUAUCAUUUUGCACUAGCCAUUUUGAUCCUCAAAAUUUUUUGUUUCUUUUUCAGCCAUGGGAGGGAAAAGUUCUAGGAAAAAGAAGAAAUGGGGAUACUUUCUUACAAAAUGUCAAUAUUAUUCCAGUCAUUGGCAAAGGAGGGUAAGGAUUUUUCUGAAAUGUUAAUAGGUUUCCUUACUAAGUUAUUAUUUUAUUCUUUGAAGUCAGUCACUGUGGAACUUUAAAAGGGUCUAGACCAUGAUUGUUUUGAAUAGAGUUGUGGGUUCUGUGCUUCUGUCCAUCCCCUUCAAAUGAAGGACACAACACCAACAACUCAACAUCAACCCCCAAACUGCACCGAGGCGGGUUCCACCCUGUCUGGUGUUCCAAUCAGGGUUUCAACCAGUGCUGUCCUGCUUAGCAGAGCUGCACUCUUCCAAAUGAGCCACCCAGGCGCCAAUUAAUAAUUUCAAUUUGCUGCUCUUUGCUUAAAGGAAAGUCUCGCACCAUGUCACGUUGAAGAGAGAACUCUCGCAAGCCAAUCCUCUUAAUCAAGUCAACAUGAACAUGGAAGUUAACAUUGCUUCGGUAAGUUUAUCUUUGAUGUGUGAGGACAGCAUACGCUUUGCCUUGUCAAUUUUGACUAUCUUUCCCUUUGCUGUAAAGUUUCGAAUGUCAUGAAUGUGAUGACAACAUCUUACAUUGGUGUAGCCUUUUAACAUAGAAUUCGUUUUCUUUCAGCCAACCACAGCCGGUGGAGUCACAGAGCAGGUCCAAAUAAAUACAUUAACAAAUGGUAUGAUUAAAGAAUAAUGAAUUCAAAUUAUAAUAUUUUUUAAGUAGACAUUCACAAAUCUUGAGUGCAGUCCAGAUGAAAUUCAGAUAAUUAUAUAUGUCCUUUAAUCCACACUCGUGAAUAAAAUCGUGAUGCUAGUCAAAUUGAUGCUUUAUAAGCUGAAAGUUCAGAAGUGUAUUGAUGACAUAAGAUACUGAAUGACAGUGGAAGAGUUGAAACUUAUUUGAAAGGAUUGUAGGUGUCCUCACAGCAAGUAAUAGUGACAUAAAACUUGAUGAGACUCAUUCUAAGUCGCUUGAAAAGAUGGCGGGUAUCGUGAAUAAGGCCCAUUAAUUUAGACCCUGAGUGUUUGCCAUGGUCAUGGAAUAUGAACCCAUGACGCCCCAUUCUGCAAAUGCCCCGCCCCGGCUGGUUGCAUGUUAUUAUUGUUUGACCUAAUCUAACACUUGCAACUCUGCAUCAGGAGGUUAUCUUAGAAGACACUCAACAACAACAACGACCACCAAAAUAGAGGCACCCAUUACAAAAGUAAGAAGGACAUUAUGACGGAAUCCACCAGGAAAUUGAGCAAUCUUAAAAUUCAGUGGACGAAAACCUUGUACCAGAAUAAUUUUAAGUAUAUUGCGUUCUUUUUUACAUUUUUCAAGGGCUAAAGAUUUUUGGAGCCCGAGAAAAUGAACGUCAAAUUUCGCAAAAUUACACCUUACAUAUUAAAUUUUCAGAAUUUUCACCGUGUUCUCACAAUUCUUGAGGAAUUUGAGAUUCAUUUUCUCGGACUCCCACGAGAAAUUUGCUUUGGUGUUAUUACAGAUGACUGAUUACAUCUUGAGCCCUUGAAAAAUGUAAAAAUCCAAUAUUCUUUAAAUCAUUCUGUUUCAAGGUUUUUGUCCACUGAAAAUUGAAAUUACUCAAUUUCCAUCUUAAUUUUUUAGGUAACUUUAAAGUUAGCACUUACUUGUACCUUCUUUCUGUGAACUGAAAUUUUUAAUUUCAAGCAUAAUACAUAUAAUUAUGGGGGCAUAAUACUGUUUUCAACUUUUAGUCCACUUUUCCCCACCAACCUUAAACCACAAAAAAGGUGGUAGAAGUUUUAACGCACUAGUAUCAGGGCUUUCACUUAGAACCAGGUAUCAGGGAUUUUCGCCAAGCCACUCUUAGCAUGGCCCCAGCUGCUUUCAUAGAAACCUAAAGAAAGAUUCAACCAAGACAACCUCCUAGCUGUUCAGGUCCAUACUGACCUACUAAUUGCAAUACCCUGGCAACGUGAUGUUUUAGUCUCAGCCUUGGGGUUAGGGCCAGGAUGCAAAGUAAGCCAUUUGGGCAAGCUGUAGCUAGCAUACUGGACAGUCGUGACUCUUCCCCUUUAUUUUUUUUAAACAUUUCACGUGUUUUCCUCCAUGGAUUAAUCACCUGUUAUCACAUUCUUUAACAGGUAAUAAAUAUGCUUUCAGCCGCCCAAGAAAAUAGUCCUAUGUCUGUUGUACAUGCUCUAGACAGAGUUUUGGUAAGAAAUCUUCAUUUUUCAUCUCAGUUGGCACAUUGUUGCGUAGAAGCAAAGUAGAUUUUUAGUUUAGCCUGCAUAACUGGCGUUUUAUGAGCCUAGCGGGGCGAACGCGGCAUUUCACGCGAAGCCCGAGACGAGCGCGAAAUGCCGCGUUCGCCUUGCUUGGCUCAUAAAAUAAAACGUCUGUUACGCAGGCUAUUUUUAGUUUUAGUAUCUCUUUAGAAGUCUGCAGUCCAAAUUUCCAACCAUUCAACAGCACUAACAAGAUCAGGAUAGUGAUAUGUUAUCAGUAUGGAAUUUCUGCGCACGUUCCUCAGACGGCGUUUCGCGGAGAAAUCGUUGGUGGCGUCGCUAAAUGUCGGCUGUUUUCAGGCUUUACUUAGUUCCGCCAAUUCUUGGUAGGGUCACCGCAACAGCGUGUGGCGCCACUACGCGGUCCCAUAACAGUCCCUCCCCUCUCGAGAUCGACCACCACGCUACCGGGGACUAUGUACCCUACUCUUAACGAACAGUGCGCGGGUUCUUUAACGUCCAACAGAAUUUACGUGUGCAAGGGUUGUGAGGUUGGGCCUUCGGUUUAUCGUCCUUAUCCGAGAAGACUAGAAAGUCUAACUGUUUUCAGAUGUUUGACAAAGGCAGUACUUUCUCCUCAGUUAUUUAAACACCCCGAGUGUUGGUCCGGCCGGGCUUUCAACCAGUUCCGGCCACCCGCUCGGCAGACCGGCGCUUAUCUAAUUAAGCUAACGUUGCGACGGUAGGCUAGAUCACUAUAAACUUCGGAGAUUUUCCUUGAAGGCUUGAAUCAAGUUUACUUCACUUGUUAUCUGUCCACUGUCAUGUCAAUUUACAUUCAGAAUAAUGACAGUUCUGCAAACUGCGUUUGUAGGAAAUUCUUCGACAAGCGGAACUGUAUUCUCCCUUUACUUCAACGGAAGAAGAUGUUAUGAGUAAUGAGCUAGUGGGAGGUCUCAUGAGCAACGUGAGUACAGAAAAUUGAUGCCUCACUUUGCACGAUGGUACCAUGGAGCCGCUCUCCGAAGAGAAGCUUUUAAAUUCAGUUCGAAGACGACUAUGAUUUACUAUUUUUUUUUUACUAGAGAUUUGAUUUAAAGUUUUUUUCCGCGUAUUCUCAAGAAUAAGUCUCCUCGGAAAGCUUCAUUGAACUUUAUUUUUCACCAGAAAAGGUAAAACUUUUUUUUCAUUGAAGGAGGUUGAGCCCUCCCCUGAUCAAGACCUGAAUGAUAAAAGUUCUAACAUUUGAUAACUUGUUUCCGUCACUAGGACAUUCUCGCUAAAAUUCAUAGUAAAGUGACGACGGUUAUCGCGUUUUCCCGCCAAAAUGACGCUGGUUUACGCUUGCGCAGCACUUAGUAUUUAGAAAAUCUUGUUCUCGAAGCUUUCGUCGCAUCUUGGAAUCUAAAGAUCUCUAAUGAGUAGUUGAUGUAUGACCAAAACCGCGCCCGUAAUCCUUAAAAGCUAUAACAUAUUUGUUUUCAAAGGCCAAUGAAAAUAAAGCUUUCUGAGCGCUUGGUGAAUCCAGAAAUAAUGGGAGAAGGCUAGCCAGCCGUUCUAGUUUUCUCUCGAAAAGAAUAGAGACCUUUACAUUCUAAGACGAGGACGACUACGAAUACGAGAGUUUCUCAAUACGUAGCAGUGCUCGCGCGUGAGGCAGUGUCAUUUUGGCGGGAAAACUUGAUAGUCAUCAUCAUACCACUAGUAGUUUUAGCGAAUGUCGAAUGUCAAAUGUUUGAGGUUUUAUCAUUUUGCGCGCGGGAGAGGUGUUAACCUUCUUCAGUGAAGAUAACGCUGCCAACUUUCGGGUGAAAGAGAAGUACAGUGAAGCUUUCCGUGGUGUCUAUUUUUUUUAGAAUACGCGAAAAAACUUUAAGUCGAAUCUUGUCCUCGUAGUCGUCCUCGUCCUCGAAUCUAGAAGUCUGUAAUUAACCCUUUAAACCCCAAGAUCAAAAUUUGAAUUCUUAUUUGUUGCCCCUAUUCAUUUCCUACAGAAGUAGUGGGGAGAAGGUGAUGAAAUAUCAAGUAAAUUCAUCUUGUGUGAUCAUGUCAGUAAUUCUCAUGACCUCUCUGUUUUACAAAGCAUUGAUAUUACACUGAGAAAUUUGAUGCUGAUCACUCUUAGGGCUUAAAGGGUUAAAAGUCUGUGAGCGAGCUCUCCACGUUAGGAUAACACACAAGUAUCCCAAUCUUUUGUAGCUGGGUCGUGCGUGACCUACCACUCGCGAUUUUCAAGAGAGAGAGAGAGAGAGAGAGAGAGAGAGAGAGAGAUUGCUUUUAUGCUGAAAGAGGCUUUUUUUAAAUCUUAAUUUGCGUUUCCAGUGUUCAUGGAUCACCGGAAAUUCCAAAUUGAUCUAUCGUCAUCAAAAUAAGUCUUGACACGUCUUUCAACGCUUUUCAACAAAUCCCACUUUUAGCUUUUCCAACACUAUCUUCUUUAAAAAAUAAAGAAACAUGUCCGCGAAAAAUGCGGUAACACUACUCUAUUUGUCUGCAGCAAAUAACAACCAACUUCGAUUGGGAGUAUCUGUGGAGAGUGGAGCCGGUUUUUUUCCUCUAGUAUCUCUCUUUCGUAAACGUGUUUCAACACUUUUGUUAACGAUUAGUUGCUUAGCUGUUCUCCAGUAUGUGAAACUGUUCUGUGUUUUAUUUCAGGGCCGAAGGAGGCCUUCGUGUGAUGUGCUGCCUAAACCAAGUAUGAACUUAUUCUACACAUUUGGCAGAGGUCUGAGCCUAAUGCUUGCACUUGCAAUAAUUUCUAACUUUCAUGAUAAUUGGUUUUAAUCGAAUUAAUAUUAAUAAUGCCGUCGGUGUUCUUAAGGUUUUGUAAUCAUGUUAAUUUCUUACUCGUCUUAGAACUGAACACAAACUGAACUCUGAUUUGUUUUAACCUCACUGAUGAUAGAUGCAAACGUUGGUUAUGUUUUUCUAGGGCUAAUCUCUGUGAUGAUAAUACAGUGGACUGUUCUAGGUGUUCAGACAGGAGGGACAGUGUAAAGAGAAGAACAGAGUGAAAAAAUGUGGCAAAGAUUGAACCUGCCCUUUGCGCUGUCUGACUAUCUGAAUGCCUGUAACAGCGUACUAGAGUUGUGUGGAAACGCCCAUUUUAACUUCGCUUGCCUCCCAUGACAAAUGCUUGUUUAAUGCUUAUAAGAUCUGCCUUUAGGCCUAUUAAACCAAUAAAACAUGUUUAGUUAAACCCGGUUUAACGAAAUGAAAUGAAAUAAAAGAGAACUAAACAACAAGUUUUAUUUAGAAUUCACGGAAAUAUUGACAUCUGCAUUCAUUUGUGGACCUUUGUGGCAAAGUUGUAGUUGACAAAAACCAUGAGGCAGCCUUUAUGACGGAAACAAAUUUAAACCGCGUUCAACUUAACAACUUUUAAACAUGUUUAAGAUUUGGUGUAAAUGCGGAAUAAAACCGCCAACUACUUUAUAAACCCCUGCCUCUUCUUGCAUCCAUUUUCAAUGUUGUGUGCUCUUCAGCAAAUUGUCCAGUUUUACUCUAUAAAAUGCCGGCCCCUAGAAAAUGCAGUCAUUUCUUCAGUAAACGUGGACGGUACUUGUCACGGACCCCACUUUCCUCGCCUUGCCCGGGGCAAGCUGUGAAAAAUGCACCAUUUUUAAGUCACAAUGUAUUUACCACGAAAGUACUAAUUGAGGACAAUACUUAUACGUCUUCUACUGGAGACAUGUAAUCAUCUUUUUAUCACGGGAAUAUCUCGGAUUGAGCAAGUGAAAGCCGCGACAGGAGUGAGGCAAAGGCUGUUUAAAAGUAGCGAAAGGACAAAAUCAGAGUGAAAAUUAGUUUGGUCCAUAAAUCGAGCGUUGUGAGAUUCUAUUUAUUUUUUUUUCUGUUGCUGUACAAAGAAUCAUAUUCCAAUUUACCCGAAUUUUCUUUCAUGGAUGGAUCAAUGAAGACAUUAAAUAUGGCCAUAACAUCGUGACCAACACGCCUUCGUCUAGAGGGCGUCUUCUUAAUGGAUCGGAAUGUAAAUUUAUAUUAAGACAAGUUCGUCCCAACUUGUUUUGUCAGGUCCUAAGGAAUCUUCACAAAGCAGUGUGCGGACUCCAAUCUCUCAUCUUCAGGAGGCGCCAUCAGAAGUCAUUGCAGCUAUGGUGGAUGAUGCAGACUGGGAUUUUGAUAUUCUCAAGUUGGAAAAAGCCUCCAAUCACAGGUGAGAUGUGCUCUUGAGAAUGAAUGAACGAAUAGGAAAAGAAGACUAGGAAGAAGCGGUUAUGUAGGGAUCUUGCUUUCAAAACUUCGCUCUGAUUUGUUAACUUUUGAUGUUGCGGUGCAGGCUUACUCCAGGUUUGCAUGCUCUCAGUAUUUCCUGUUUUCCGUCACCAUUCCAGCAAAGACUGGGGAGAGAGAAGAAACUGUGAUGUCCGCAGAGACUUCUGGGACUGUUACUAGGGGCAGGGAAGAAAUUGGCCAAUAGCUGACCGGCGCGUCCCCAGUAACCAUCCCAGAAACAAUUGCGGGACGCAUUUCUGCUCCAGUUCCCCUCUCGUCUCCAAAGUGGCGAAGACGGCUUUUUUUCUUUCUUGUCUUUUUUUAUUUUGGGCGGAAGAGGGGGAAUCCGGGGGCGUCUGAUUUGCCCUGCCGUGUUUGAUCUGUCCUGCAUAUGACCAGAAUCUACUAAUUGCGCACCUCAAGAAAACGCCUGAUCUUAAGGCUCUCCGGCAAUGUAGACGACCAGAUCUUAAACGCAUAUUUUUGGAAUCGGUCUCUAAAGUGGUUUAGUUUGUGGAAGGUUAGUUGUCUCCUGGUGCGCACACUCAACCCUCAUUCUUGGUAAACACUGAAAGUUAUAGGCAGGUAUAAUUUUUUAAAAAACGAAUUCUUCGUUUCUCGCUUUAGGCCCUUGUACUUUUUGGGAACAAAGAUACUCAACAGAUUCAGGGCCUGUGAGAAUCUCAAUAUUUCUGAAGACGUUCUCAAGAAUUGGUUACAAGUAAGUCUGUUAUGAUCUUGUUAACAGUACAAAUACUACAAGAAAGUUCUGCGGAAGACCUGCUUGAAUUUGAAUUCGGUAUAAGCUAGCGUGGUUGACCUAUUUUGACCAGAAUUCGCCAUUAUAAUGUAAAAAUAUAACCUUCCACUUGAUUUUUACUAUAAUACAGUACGACACCAGUAAAUUGUUGUCCUCUUUUGUUCUUUUCAGUUAAUAGAAUUAAAUUAUCACUCUAAGAAUGCUUAUCACAACUCCACGCAUGCAGCAGACGUUCUUCACGCCACAGCGGUGUUCUUGGAGAAAGAGAGGGUCAAGGUAAUUUCCUUAUUUGGAGACCGUGACGCAAUAUUCUUUCCCGCAUUACUCACCACUUGUAGUGCGUCUUUUAGGCGGGAAUUUCAUAGCGGCUCUUCUGAUUGGUUGUUUUAUGUUUGGACUGAGAAGCACGAGACAAACAUCUCAGUAGCUGUCAUGGCGCUUCCUUUGAACCUUUUGACGUUUCCAUGGUUAUGUCACUCGGUAAAUUUAUUCCAGGAAUUCCUGGAAAAUCUCGAGAAUUUUGCCAUUUUUUUUCCAGGGCCGUGAAAACCCCUUAAAAGGUUUCUCUUGCUCACCUACCUGGUAAAAUGCCUGGAAUUUUUGAUUGUUUAGCUGCAGGUGGCUUAGUAUGUGUUAGAUUGAUUGUUCAGGGAUAGAGGCUGCUAAUUAUUUUAAAAUAAUUAAAAUUGGUAAUAAGCCAUUUGCAUGAUGGCGUCAUUUUACUACCAUGACCAGGAUCCUUCAGGGUUUUGCUUUCUUUUGCAAAUUAGGGCUUUUGUUAUUUAAACCUCACUGGGGCUACAAAAUUUAAAUAUGAAAGGAAAAACAAAAAGAACUCUGGUCGUUGUAGUAAAAUGACGCCAUCGUGCAAAUGGUGUUUUUUUGAGUCAAUUUUUUGAAUCCUGGAAUGUCUGACUCUGUACCCAGAUAAAUUCCUAAAAAACUACUUUAGUUUCAAUGUCUUUCAUCAGUAGGAGCCUGGGAAGCGUUCACACGUGCCGGUUUUUUUUUAUUCCCGAAAUAUAUUCCUGAUCCAAAGGGGAAAAGACUCAGUGUAACCACAUCUGUUGGUUUUGGUUUUGCUUGCAGGCCGUCCUUGAGCCACUUGAUGAAAUAGCGUCAUUAAUAGCAGCUGUAGUACACGAUGUUGACCAUCCUGGUUACACUAACUCGUUUCUUUGUAAUGCUGGUAAUGAGCUGGCUAUCCUAUACAAUGAUAUCGCCGUGUUAGAGAGUCACCAUGCUGCUUUAGCAUUCAAGCUAACUGCUCGAGAUGAGAGGUCCAAUAUAUUCAAAGGACUUGACAUGUAAGCUUCUUUUGUGUAUGAUAAUUUUGUUGCUACUGGUUAUUUAACGUCCACUUUGGAUCCCAUAGAGCGUUUGCACUCGCGUGGCCAGAAGCUAUGCGGAUUUAUUGGAUUUUGGAACAAAAACGUUCAACUCCCACAAGACUGGUUUGAAACACCAAGAUGUUCACUAUUUCAUUGUUUUGGGACACCAAUAUUGCCGCCGUGACGUCAUGGGUUUCGUCACAUAACUUACCAAUAAUGGCGUUAUAUUGGCGGUAAGGCGGGUACUGUUAUAGGAUUCCUUGGGGGUCUGUGGCGUUUCCUAUUCCUAUAUGAUGUGCCAAUGAAAAUUGGCAAAAUUCUGAUGGUAAGGUGGGCUGCCUUGCGUGAUGUACCAACAUUGGCAAUGUAUCCUCAAGGUAGGGAAAACAGCGGUGCUCCGUACAAGAUGUGGCAACAGCGGAAAGGCGAGAGUUUGGUGGGGGUAUUUAGGUGGUGUACCAACAAUUGCACUGUAUCGGUCGCAAGGCAGGCACUGGCACUCUUCACAUGAUGUGCUAAUGUUGGUACAGCAGUGACCUUUAGUUCAUAUCGUUCAGCGUGUUACAGAAUACACUGCCACAGUUUUUUCGUCAACUGUUUUUUUCUUUGCUUUGAUAGGGAUGCAUUUCGCACAAUCCGUCAAGCUAUAAUCGACAUGGUUAUGGCAACAGAGAUGACAAGGCAUUUCGAACAUCUCUCAAAGUUUGUUAACUCGAUCAAUAAACGGCGUACUUCUAGCAUGGACGAGGUACACUCGGUGGUAAGACUCAGCUUUGUUCUUUAUCAUCUUACCAAAGCAAUAAACUUACUAAGUUGUCACUGUGAACUCUAACUCAAAGUGAACUAUGCCUUCUUCGGUAACGAGCUUCUAACUCUUGUGUUUGUGGAUGAAAUCCUCUGGUGUGACCGUUCAAAUGAGACCUCUCCAGCAGUACUUUCACAUAAUUGUGUUAGUACUACUUUUUUUCACCAUGUCACAAAAUUUAAUUUUUUUUUUCCAAGAAAACUUUUACUGAAAUUUGAUUGCCACAUUUUGAAGUAGUUCUUUCGUUACAGUUGGUUCCGUUUACGUUAGGACUGGCGAAAAUCCCCUCUUACUUUGUGUUUUUGGCCAGUUACCUUUUUGAAAUAUUCCUUCGGUGCUUUGUUAAAAGGUGGUCAAAUCAGGCACCAACUUCGAAUGUAAAGCGGUUCAAGUCUCGUGUUACACACAUUCGCGCCUUUUGAAUCCAGCGAUGAGCUGAUAAUCCGCUUACAGCUUGGCUUACAGGGCGCCCAACCUUAUUUUAGUAUCAAGCGGUGAACAUUCUUGAUGUCUUGUUAUUUUCACAGCACAGUGGACGGGGUACGCCUGACUCCACCGCAUCUUCAGCUGUAGCUCUUAAUACACCAGAAAACCGAACAUUAAUCAAAAGGAUGCUCAUCAAAUGUGCUGAUAUCGCCAAUCCAGCCCGGCCUCGCUACCUCUGUAAGGAAUGGGCAUACAGAAUAGCUGACGAGUACUUUUCACAGGUGUGCCGAUAGUAAUUUGCACUAGUGUCAAAAUUUUGUCUGUUGUCGGACGUGGUAUAUAAAAGCGAAACUUGUGGAGGGUAUGUUAUUUUUGUGUUGCACAUUUUUUGGUCAAAUCUUAGCUGAAAUUAUAAGUAAGUGGUCUCUGCCAUCUUUUGUCAAUCUUGGAACUCUAAAUAACGAUAUUAUAGUUUUGUCCAAGAGAAAACAACAGCGAUAGGUUUUUGGUCAUUUUACGACAAAAUAAGAAUUAACCUGAAAAAGUUGGUCCAAUUUUUUAUCAAGUUGCACUGAAUCCAUUUUCAUCCUGGCCAUCGAAAGCCAGAGACAAUCGCAACAUAAAUACAGUCGACGUAUUGUAGCAGAGUAAUUUUAAAGACAAAAGGACCAUAAAUUCAAUGUUCCUGAGAAUAAAGAGGCCGUUUCCAGCUAGCCAUUCACGUGGUAGAAAACCGCCACGCUGGAGAGCAAAAGUCGCACUGGGACAAGACAAACAAAAGACAUGCGUAAUUUGAAAUGGUAGUUUUCUUUGUUUAUCUUGUCUCAGUGCCACUUUUGCUCUCCAUCACGGCGGAUUUGUACCACGUGAAUGACUAGCUGCAAAGAGCCUAUUUAAAUUUGUUGGUUAGCAAGGUUUUAUCCUUCAUCAUCUUUUAGACGGAGGAGGAAAAGCGGCGUGGUUUACCUGUUGUGAUGCCUGUCUUUGAUAAACUGACGUGUAAUGUACCGAGGUCACAGGUGUGUACGGACAUGUGUUUUAUAAUAUGUAUUUUAUUUAUCACUUGUUUGCCAUUAUAGCAGAUCAGUGGUAUCCUCUAUAAACAAAUAAUGGCUGCUGUCGCUGAAAAAAGUUGCGGGGCGAUCAUAGCUAGAUAUAAGCAUUAAAAUCCGCAGAUCUUGUAUUAUAAUCACUAAAUGUUACAAUUCUUCCGGCCCUGUUUUGCAUUCUCUGGAGUCUGUCAUACAGGCUUUUUCCCAUGCAUCCCCAAACCUCGGAGCUCGGAGCAAUACUCGAAAUAAGGAGUUUAUUGGAUUACAGCCACUUUUGAACCUCAUCCAAGUCUUAAUUUAACUUUUCUUCAAGAGUUGUGAGGUCAUAAGCGGAAACGCUACUCUAGGUAUCAUCAGCAUACAUAAGUCAGGUCAUUUAUAACAGGGGUCUUUUUUGCAUGAGCAUGCGCGACCGCUGACUUGUCAAAGAGCACGCGACCAGUGACAGCGACCGUGCUGCAUAGUCAUAGGAACCAAAUUGUUCACUUUGAAAGCUUGCUUGAGAUUGAAAUAGUAGCAGGAACUUAGGAAAGACCUUCGUUGUACAAAAUAAGUAAAGAUCUGUUGAUUUAAAGUGGAGACUGUUGGGCUGAACGAGGUGAAAGAGCAAGUUUCUCAAGGGUGUCUGACACGAACAUGGCUGCUUGUUGUUGUUUGGCGCUCGACUCGUGUCUUGAUUCCCCUUUAAGAACCGCAAAGAUUGGCAUAGAAUGCAUUGCUGAUGCGUAGCUAAUGAGCAAAAUGUUCUUUAUUUAGUGUUUGUCUAUACAUCGGAUGUUAAUCAGUUUCUCGAUGCCGUAGAGGAUUUCUGUCAAUUAUUUGUUAAUAGCUGAUUUAGCCAUAUUUCGGGAGUGGAUUAAUAACGAUCAGCGGGCGACUACCACGCCGUUUUCAGUUGGAAUAGAAAGUUUUUGCCUUAAGUAUUUUAGCGAUACAAAGUUUGUUUAUAGGAAAAUUGUAGAACUUCUUCUUUUUGCGUGGACUAACAUUGUAACGCAUCUUUUACAGGAAUUUGCUUUUAGCCAGAACUUAAAUGUUCUAAUGAUUUUUAACUUUUGGUCGGCAUCACAUGUUUACUGUACUUCUUGGGAAACCUAACCGUUUGUUUCAUCAAAAUCGGUCACAAGAUUGGACUUUAACUUCGGUCCUAUUGAAUGCAGUUUUGACUGUGUCUCAUUGAUAUUCAUUUUUUUUAUUGUUCGAGACAUACAGAGUGACUACCACCAACAUCUCACCAGGUGACUAAUCUACGUCUCGUGUGCUCUUAAUUUUGUAGCUUUAAAGUGCUGGGAAAAUUGUAGAACAUAUAUUAAUUCACUGCUGAACUGAACAUCGGCUUUCGCGCACUUCGAACCCACUCGCUGAAAUUUGCUAUUUUUUUUUUUUUAAUAUUUCUCUUCCUUUCCGAUUUCAAAACAAAGAAAAUUGAAAGUGUUUACUUGCAUCAACAAACGUUUCUGCACUUUGUUUAGACUUUGAUGAGACCAGCGCAAUCCUCCAGGCACUACAUAUACGCGCGCGGUUGUCCAAGUCAAGUGGGGAGAUGAAAUUUGAUAGUAGCUCGUGUAUGUUAAAGCCUGUCUACUUCGCUUUUGUAAAGACCAUGUUAGAGUUUUUUUUUGCAAACUACACAUUUUGUUAAAUCACGAGCACAUUCGCCAAGACCAACGAGCAAAAUAAUCGCUAUGAUAGCUUUGAGACGCGCCAUUUUGAUGAAGGCAAACCCUGUGGUGAGCCUCCAUGCACAUCGCUUGUUCAGCAGUCGCGCAUGCUCAUGCAAAAAAGACCCCUGUUGUCAUUUAUAUAAAUGAGAAACAACAAGGGUCCAAGUGUAGAACCUUGUGGGAACCCACAGCUAAUAGGAAGGUAGUCUGACAGAAGUUCUCUAAAAGUGAUCUGAUAGGUAUGAUUUGAACCACUGAACUGCGUGCGGGUCAAGACCAGAAAGUUGCAGUUUUUUCAACAGUAUGCUGUGGUCAUGCGUGUCAAUGGCUUUCUUAAGAUCUACAAUAGGAAGAGUACACUAAGAGCACACAUUUGGCCAUUAUCAAUAUUUAAGUACAAGUUGUUAGUAGGUUCAAGCAAGGCAGUCAAAGUAGAAUGCAUCGGUCUAAAACCAUGCUAAGAACCUGCCAGCAAAUUAUUGUGACUUCAGGUACUCAUAACGUUGAUUGAAAUUAACGUUUUCGAUUAUUGCGUAGCAGGAAGUCACAGUACAGCUAGGCCUCUGAAUUAACAAAACCGUGUGCACACUGGGAACCGGUGUGCUUUUUAGUACCCGAUAAAAAUAAGUAGAAGAAGUAGUUAAAAGUCGAGACCUUGCACUCGGGCAUCGCCCUCUGAUUAACAGCUUACGUGAAACUGAUAUGCUUUUUCCUUAUUUCCAGGUGUGGUUUAUAGAUUACUUUGUCAGUGAUCUUUAUGACGCUUGGGACGGUAAGGAUUUGGUGUUGUUUUCGUCAAUUCUCUUUCUCUUUUACAUUUCAUUUUUCUUUGUUUUUUUUUUCUGAUCCUUGUAUGUCCCCUUUCCAGCUUUUGCAUUUGUACCAGAGACAAUCAGGCAUCUCACAGAUAACCACGAAUACUGGAAAAAAGCCGCAGAAGAAUGGGUAAGUUCUUGCUAUGUUAGGCUGUUCAGACUGCUUCUUGUUGUAAUGUUAAUCGAUGAACUCGCAAACUAGAUGCUUGUGUCAAUGCGGCGUGCAAGGGGUUAUUCCAAUAAGUACCAGAGAUCCUUAGUUUAAAAAUAUUUUUUUGCCGUACAGAAAUUUUUCAUUUUCUGAAAGAUAUUACUUCCUCAAAUAUUACACGUAAGGAGCUUGAAAGGGCUUGAACGCUUCCUCCAAAGAUGGUUAAGAUAAACCCAGGGUUGUUCAUUUGUUAUUUGGUGAAAGUUUUGUAAAUAUAUGAAUAAAUGAAUGAAUAAUUAGUGCAUCUGGAGAAAAAUGCUAAUAAUGGCGUCAGCUCAGCCGGAUUCAGGUAGAAUGAAAUGCAGACAGAAGAUGCCUACUCAAGCCUCUCAUUUAUUCGUUCCCAAGAUUCUAUCGAGUGGGAGAGAACCCUGGGGGCGAUGUUGUUGUUUUCUAACGCUUGCCCCUUUUUUUGGUUCUCAGGACGUUGCGUCACGAACUCCCGGUGGCGGCACCUCUGGUAACACGACUUCCGGUAAUCCAACUUCCGGUGUCUCUACUCGAAACCCGACUUCCACGUCUGGUACUUCUUCAGAGCCUCCUUCAUCGUCCAGUACAUCUCUCACUUCGUCAUAG